CAUUUGCUCGAGCCAGAGACUGUGUCUGGUGGCCCACCAUAGGAUCUGACGUCUCGUCCCUGGUGAAGCGAUGUCAGCAAUGCAUCGAAACAAGAGUCAACAGGAAAAUGCCACUAAUAAGCUCCGAAUUCCCUGAGAGGCCUUGGCAACGCAUUGCGAUGGAUUUGUUUCACUUCAAGAACCAGUGGUGGUUGAUAGCUACAGACUAUUAUUCAAGAUACCCCGAACUAGUUCGACUUGAGAAGCUCACUUCCGCAGCCGUUGUCAACCACUGCAAGUCAAUUUUUGCACGCCACGGAAUUCCCGAGGAAGUGGUUUCCGACAAUGGCCCGCAGUUUUCGUCGACUGAGUUUUCACUCUUCGCCCAAGACUAUGGUUUCAAGCACAUUACAUCUAGCCCUCACUAUCCUCAAAGUAAUGGACUUGCAGAGGCUGCAGUGAAAAUCACCAAGACAUCCAUGACGAAGACCAAUGACCCUUACCUGACACUUCUAGCUUACAGGCCGACUCCUUUGAAGAAUGGAUAUAGCCCUGCCGAACUGCUCAUGGGUCGUCGGCUGAGAUCCAGGCUUCCUCUUUGUGCCACCAAGCUGACACCCCAAUUGCCAGAUCAAGACAGCCUUCGGAAUUUUGAGGAAAGAUACAGAAAACGUCAAAGGAAAGACUUCGACAGACGUCACGGAGUCCGCGACAUGCCGGAACUUCUUUAUGGAGAUGCCGUGUGGGUGACAGACCUCAAGAACAAAGGGACAGUACAAGCCCCAGCCGAUGAGCCUCGAUCUUAUUGGGUCAACACCGACACUGGUGCUGUACGCAGAAACCGGACGCAGCUAGUUCCAUAUUCCCGAAGUCACAACAACGCAGAUAGCGCCAGUACCAGUGAUUUUGCUAUAGAGACUCGCCCGCGUUGCCAGGACACUUCCCACGGGCAUACCAGAAGUGGCAGGUGCGUGAAGCCACCUGCUGCAGCGAACUUCGCUUGA